GCUCUUAAAAGAAAAUCUCCAGACUUAGCAUAAAGGACGCCAAUUCCUCGACCUCAGGUUUACACAUAGCAAAGUUGUAAAGAACUCAAAAUCCAAAAAGAAAAGAUGUCUGAUGAAGAACAUCACUUCGAUUCAAAGGCAGAUGCUGGUGCCUCCAAAACUUUCCCUCAACAAGCGGGCACUGUUCGCAAAAAUGGCUAUUUAGUUAUCAAAAAUCGCCCAACCAAGGUUGUGGAGGUUUCAACUUCUAAGACUGGGAAACACGGACAUGCUAAGUGUCACUUUGUGGCAAUUGAUAUUUUCAAUGGAAAAAAGCUGGAAGAUAUUGUGCCUUCAUCCCACAAUUGUGAUGUUCCUCAUGUUACUCGUACUGAUUAUCAGCUGAUUGAUAUAUCUGAAGAUGGCUUUGUGAGUCUUCUGACUGACAAUGGAAAUACCAAGGAUGAUCUGAGGCUUCCGACUGAUGACAAUCUGCUUUCCCAGCUUAAAGACGGAUUUGCUGAGGGAAAGGACCUUGUGGUGUCGGUCAUGUCUGCAAUGGGAGAGGAGCAGAUCUGCACCGUUAAGGAGGUUGGUCCUAAAAACUGAAAAUGAUGCUAUAGUAUUAGCUAUGGCUGAUGGAUGAACUAUGCGUUCGAGGAAAUGGAGCACGGGAGUGCAGAUAUUAUUUAAAUGUACCUAAAAACUUGUAUUAAGAUGGUGAUUUUAGCUAUUUUAAUGGAGACUUAUAUGGUGUGUAAUGAUGGAAGUGGGCAGGGAAGUGGAUAUGCUCAUUUCUUGAUGGAGGGAAUAUAAUUAAGUGUGAGUAACAUAAAAUUGAUGAAGUAUUGAGAUUAAUAAAAGGUAUGUCCCAUGUCCAUGUUUCUUCCUCA